AUGUAAAAGUGCAUGUCUACUCCCUCAAAGAUAAAAGAGAAAAAAUCCUUUAGCUUUAAACAUCAUAGUUCUCAAAUAGAUUUACAAGAGAAAAUAAGUGGCAACUUCCAAAGACAACUUCUCCAGAAAAGAAGAACUUAAGAACUUGAUCAAAAUAAGCUUAGUCUUGAGAUUUAAUUAUAUGAUAUCCAAUAAAAGCUGAUUCAAUUUAAUAAAGCUGAUAAGGCAAUAUAAAACUAAAUAAAGUACUUGGAGAAAGAGAUUAAUCAAGUAAGGAAGAGGCAAGUAGCUCAUUAUUAUGAACUGCUUAAAUUAGGUUUAGAAGGUAGAGACUAAGGACUUAUUUGGAUUAUUUAAAGUUUGUGGAGACUGCAUGAACCUUAGAUAGAGAUCAAUAAUUUUGCUGAAUGGCUUGACUAGAUGUCUAAAUCAUUUCUAUUAGAUUAAGCUAAGUACUGUAUGUUAAUUGAGCAAAAGCAUAAUGAAUUGAAAGAACUGAUGGCAUAGAAUAAAAAUGAGCAUUUCAAAUAGAUUGUUCAAGAUAAAGCAAUAAACUUCACCAGAAAUAAAGGACAUUAGAGAUAUAGAUCACUCGACACAUAUUAGCUUAUCAUGAAUGAUCAGAAAAUUUAAAAACAGAAAAUUUAGAAUGCAGUGGGAUAGCUUGGUCAAAUGUAAUCUCCAACUUUUCUGUGCCCUGACAAAGAUAUCAAUCAUACAAAUCUUCUCUUUUUAGAAAUGUUUAAAGAUGAGUUGUUCAAUUAGAAAAACAGAUAUGAAAUCGAUAUUGGAAGUAUAAAUGGUGAUUAAAAAUUUCAAAGUAGCGUUAACUCAGCUAUACUAAAGAUGAUGAGCAAAGAUAAAAAGAACCAUGAGGAAUAGGAGGAGAUAUUUAAUGAGAAGAUACAAAAAAUUAGAGAUGAGAUAAAAGGAUUUGAAAGAAAUUUAUAGUAAAAUAUAGACUUUGAGGUUUAGAGAAUCAUUGGUGAAUACAAUCGAAGUGAAAACAAUGUGAAGCACAAAGUCUCACUCAAAAUAAUGCUGCAAGCUCUAGUAGGAACUACUUAAGCAAAUCAAAUCAUUGAAACAAAUAACCUUAUGAGAAGUAUAAAGAUAGCUUAAUAGGGUUAUGGAAAUGUGAGAACCACGGGAGACUUGUAGAAAUAAAACACAAAUGCUGUUGCCACAAUAAUAGGGCUUGGAGUGGGAGAUGUGACACUAACCCUCGAAAAACUGUUUCCUAUACCUUUAUAACCAGAUACAUAUAUUAAGAACUCAGUUGAGAAUUUAGCAAUAUAAUCAUCAGCCAAAAAGACUAGAUUUUACAACCUACUCAAAAAAGCUUCUAAUUAAACUUUUGAAAGUUUAUUCUGGAUUGUAUUCGUCAUGGUAUUUUAGCAGUAGAACAAAGAAGAUAUCAAAGAUAGAUUAAAAUAGAUUUUCAAAGAAAAUUAUGGCAAAUUUUUCAUUGAGCUAUCUACUAAAGAAAAAGAUUAAAUCUUGCCAAGAAUGCCUUUAAUUUACGGUCACUCUUUGAUAAAGGCAUUUUUCGAUGUUUUUCAAAGUUCUCGCAUGACAUUCAAUAAAAUAUUCGGGCUGAAGGUGUUUAGAUUGGUAUUUUUUGAAUUUCAGGGUAUUAUUGUUAGUGAUGUGUACAUCCAAAAUAAUGUGCAAAAGGGCUUUUCUGAUGAUCUAUUCUCUUUUCUAGGAAUUGCUGAGGUAGGGAAAUAAAAAAGCAAAAUAUAUGUCAACAAAGAUAAAAGUAAGAAAAAGUUUUCUUAGAAAGCUAAGUAGACAUCUGAUGAUACAAAUCCAGUUAAUCAAGAAAUAUUACAAAAAAUGAGUGUAAGUAUUGAACUAUUCCUAUUUAUUUAAAGAAAAUAGUAAAUUGAGUUUGGCGAAGAGUUUUAUAAGGAAAUGAAUAGGAUUUACAAUCCAAAAAAGAUUGAGAAAUUGUUACAAAAGAAAAAUAAUUUGAUGAAAAUGCAUGAAGCACUAAGCAAGAAAUAGAAUGAUGAGCACAAUGAUGAGGACGAAGACGAAGAUAAUGACGCAGAUGGUGGUUCUCCAUAGCCUUUAAGUUCAUCAAUUAAUAAAAAAGGUAUAUCCAAAAACUAAGAUGAAUAAGAACUUAGAAUAGACGAUCAGGACACAGUGCCAGCUGGUAUUUAAAUUAAUAGUAAAAUGAACUCAAGUAAAAGCCAAAUGAUGUUUAGACAGUCAACUUAAAGCUAACUAAAAACUUUAUUAGGAAUUUCUGGAUAAUAGGGCUUCAACACAUAGAUGGAUAUGUAUAAGACGGCUACUUCAAAAUUUAAAUCACCUUAAAAUUCAGGAGUAAGAUCUACCUUUAGACUUCCAUUGGAUGAAGAGUAUAUUUUAAAUCCCCCGUAAACAGCAAAUAAUAAAAAAAGGAAUUUAUACUCAUUCUUAGAUAAGCCAGUUAAUCCUGUCAAAAGAUAAGAAAUAUUCAGCUGCACUAAAUUGUCUCCAUUCAUGCAAGAUUUAUACAAAUUUGAGGAUGUCUAUUCCAAGAUAAAUGUGAAAUUCAAUUCUACUAAUAAAGAGAUUAAAGAGACACCGAGAGGCCUUAAAACUUUUGAAACCUAAUAGAAAAUAAAGAUACAAUCUAAGUAGCAUCUCACGAAAAUUAUAAAGUAAAGUAAAAUGAAUUAGGAAGAUCCUGACCCAGAUGAACAGAAAAAAAGAAAAAGAUUUUUGAAGAGUGUUACUGAAGAUGACCCUUUUGCUUUUACUGGAGGAUAAUAAACUCAACCCAACAUUACUAAAAUAAACCCUCUAUUAAAGCCAGUAUUUAAUCUGAAAUAUUAAUUAAAGACCAAAAUUUAAGAUCCCUCUAGAUAUAUUUAGUUUGCAAAGUAAUUAGAGGAGAGAAAAGUUAUGAAAGAUUAAGGAGGAGGCGGAAUAGUCAAAGUUUAGUAAAACUAGAUAGCUAACUUAAGUGAUAAUGAAUACAAUCAAGUGGCUAAAAAUAUCGAUGAGGAGUUUUAGGAAUACAAAUAUAUAGCAGUUAAUAGUAAAGAGAUUGAUGAAACAAAGUUUAGAUUGUCAAGAAUGAAUGGGGAUUUCGGAACAUUCUUAGUUUAGGAUGUUUAUGGAAAUAUGAACUUUGAAAAAGGAAGAGCUAUUGAGAUGCCAAGAAUUAACACUCUCUAGGAAUACGAGGAUGAGAAGAAAAAGAUUAAAGAAUUGAAUAAAGUUAUGAGUGCUGGAGCUCUCUUUCCAGGAACUGUAAAUAACAAACUUUAAACUGAGACAGGCCACGGGAUAAAGUAGAAUGGACUAAAUUUGACUAAAAACUAGUUAAAUAAAACUUAUAGCAUGAUGAGAAGGCAUAUUUAUUAAGGUACUGAAUACAAAGAUGGAAAAUAGAUUAAUUAGGAAGAAAAAAGUAGAUUCUAUUAAGACCUUGAAAAAAAGAAUCAAGCAAUACAGUUAUCAGUGAAAAAGGCCAGUAAAUAUGAACUAUGA